CAGCCAAGCAACUCCGUCAUGAUAGAGGGGUUUGUUACUUGGCGGCGGGGCGCUUCUCGAACGUGUUCAGGCACCUGGUCGUUCCUGCUGCAUCCUUCCCCUGCUAUUGUUUGAUUCGAGUGGUGCCAAGUUGAGAUAAGCUGGGUCGCUUCGGCUGUGCCCAGGUUAUGUUUGAGGGGUAGCUGUGGAGGGGAAUGGUCGGCGAUGAAUGACCCGUCAUGCUGUAUAUAAAAGGUGAGAGUGAUUCGCGGUGCUGAGAAACUCGGUCAUUGUUUGCAACUACACAAUCAGAUCUCAUUGACUUUACAAGAUUAUCAAUAUGGAGAGAGGCGAAGUACGUUAUCUCGAGGCAUUAUAUGACGCCAACGCUGACAUGGCGGAAUAGCAUCACGGACGAGGUGGCCAUCGCGGAGGAGGAGAAGGUGGACGCGGAGGCCGCCAUGACGGCUUCGAGCGGGAGGAGAGACGUGAUGAUCGGGAGGAGAUCCGCGACGACCGCAAGGAACUCCGCGACGCCGAUACCAGAGAGGAGCGUCGCGAGGCUCGCCAAGAGCUCCGUGAGGAUCGACAGGAGCUCCGAGAGGAUGGCGGAGGGCAUCGCGGCGGUCGUUUCGGUGGUGAAGGCGGGCAUCGCGGCGAAGGCGGUGGAGGGGGCCAUCUCGGAGAAGGUCGUGGAGGCGGCGGCCAUCGCGGAGAAGGUCACGGGGGAGAGCAUCGCGGAGAGGGUCGUGGAGACGGACCUCGCGGCGAGGGUCGUGAGGGCCACCGCGGAGAAGGCCAUCGUGGAGGGCAUCGCAACGAUUAAGUUGGAUAAUUUUCCACGCCGACGUGUUUCUCCAAUUGCAUGAGACACGAGCUCACACUCUCACAUCGUGACCCAGUAC